AUGACCAAGAGAGGACAGAGAGGUGACAGAACGGCCACCUACGAGAGUCCCAUCGACAGACGUCUGCAAGUAACCAUGAGUGCAACAGCCCGCAUGGGAGGCCAGCUGAUCCUUGAAGAGGAAUAUGAUGAGAAUUAUACACCUUCUGAACAAGAGAUUCAAGAGUACGCAAGAGAGAUUGGCCUUGAUCCUGGCAGUGAGCCGGAGCUCCUGUGGCUGGCCAGGGAAGGCGUCGUUACACCAUUGCCUCCAGAGUGGAAGCCUUGUCAGGACGUGACAGGGGAAAUCUAUUAUUUCAACUUCUCCUCAGGCCAAUCCACCUGGGACCACCCCUGCGAUGAGCACUACCGCCUCCUGGUGGCCCAGGAGCGUGAACGCACCCAGCUCACUGCAGCUAUAGGAGGCAUGGGGGCAAAGAAGAAGAAGAAGGUUUCAGAAGCUGCCAAAAGGUUUAUGCUGGCUAAAGAUGGAGGAAGCUCUUUAGCCCAUAAAGUUGACCGACUCGUCCUCCAACAGUCCAGCCCUUCUAGCUCCUUCUGCAGCCCCUCCGACUCAGAGCGAAGUGAGGUAGAGCUAAGUCCCAAAGCCUCUCUGAGGCUCCAGAGGCCUGGAACUGCUAGAGGUCGGACAAUCCGCACUUCCAACACCAAGCUUGGAAAUGCUGAAACCCCGUUAAAAACCUUUGACAAACCACUGGAUGAAGAGCGAAGCUUGAGAAUCAGGAAAGACAGAGAGAAUAAAGAGAGAGAGGAAGACGAUGAUAAGGAGAGUGAGUGGGAGGAGAGUCUUAGAGAACAAAAAGAGAAGGAGGGGGAGAGGAGGAAGGCUGAUCAGGAGGUAGAGGAGGUGAAAAAACAGUUGAUGGGGGAGAAAGAGAAGAGGAUGUGUCUCAUCCAGGAGGAGCUGCGUAGGGAGGAGGAGGAGGAGGAGAGGAUUCUGAAGGAGGAGAGUGAGGAAAUACUGAGGGCUCUGCGGCAGAGUCUCCUGUUAAAGAGGAGAGAGGAGGAGGCCAGGCUCACUGAGGAGUCUGACAGGAUGCUGGAGGAAACCAGAGAGUCUAUCCAGAGGGAGAGAGAGACGCAAAAGCACAAGCUCACGGAGGAGAGCGAAGCCAUCCUGAAAGUUUUGCAAAAAACUCUAGAGAAAGAGCGAGCAGCGGAGCGAGACAGGCUGGAAGCCCAGAAGAGGCAGGAUGUUGAACUCCUUAAGGCUGAGCAGGGAGAGGAGCUGGAAGCAGAGAGGAGGAGACUCCAAGGACAGCAAGAGGAGAAACUGAACUCUCUCAAACAGGAGGUCAAAAGGACAGAUAUGGGCAAGGAGCUGUUGAUGAGUACACGAUCUGAACAGCACCUGACCACCUACCAACGAGAUCUCACUGGCCUGCUCCAGGAAGUGCGAGAGGAAGAGCAGCGGGAUCACGAGAGGAAGCUGGAGAAGCUGACGGAAGACCACAAGAGAGAAAUGAACAAUAUCAGAGAGAAAUACCUGGAUGAGGAGACCAUACAGAGAGAGCGCUUGCUGUCCACUCUGCAGGACGACAGAGGGCACCUCCAGGCCUCCCACGCUGUCCAGCUGGAGAAACUGAGGCUUCAGCUCAACACUGAGAUAAAAAAGACACAGCUCACACACUCACGCAAGGAGUCCGAAAUGCAGGAUCUGGCAGAUCAGUUGGAGCUGAAAGUCAAAGAGCUAAAGAGCCAGGAGAGCAUGCUGCAGAUCAAGGCAGUAGAUCUGAAGAGAAGGAGGAAGAAGCUAAUAGACGAACGAGAGGAGGUGGACACAGAGAUAGAGGCCUUACCCCGGCUGAACCAGGAGAGAGACCAGCUAAAGGACGAGCUGGAGAGUAUGAGAGAGGAGAAACAUCAAGCCAGAGAACUCAUCCAGAGAGUCAGGGAGGAGCGGAGCGAGGCAAUCAAGGAAAAGGAGAGGCUGAGAGGGGAGAGGGACAAAGCCAGAGACGAGAGCAGGAGAGUGAAGGAGGACAAGGAGAAACUGACUUUGCCUGUGUCGCAGCCUCUCUCCGUGCCAGCUCCCACUCCAACCUAUAAUCCAGUCGCGUCCCACAUUCACACCCUGAGCCACAGCUCCCUAGCCCCACCUCCCCCCCUGAGGCCCUUGAACCCUUCUUGGAACUGGGCGACUGGGAGCUCUUCACCCAUCUACAAUGCCCCUAUCAGCAGCGGGCUGAAGGACUCUGACGAUCUCUUCAACAGCCGGUGGAGCCAGAUUUUUCCUGGAGUAGCUGUGGACCCAGUUGCGUCCAGCACCAUGAGGACCAGCUCAGCCUACUCAGCUCACACUCCUGUUAGUGAACACAGUCCCAGCCUGCGGUCCAUGCAGAAGUCAGCAGAGAUCGAUAGUCAGAGGUUGCAGGGGAUGAUCGACGGCAACAAGAGGUGGCUGGAGACGCGCAAGAAAGACCCCAGCAUACCUCUUUCCACUCGGUAUCAAGCUCCGACUUCCAAGAGCAGCCUGGUCCAGCUGGGCCUGGACGAUAUCAACCAGAUCAGAGUCUACCGCUACUGA